AUGAUAGAUUUAGAUUACACCACCGAUAUAAGUAAUAGAAUGCAGGUUCCGAACAGGCUCUCUCUUGUACUUCCUGACUUCUCUUCGGCGGAUAAUAUCUCAAGCGUAGGGACCCACAGCCGCGUCCUUAUUUCAGGUUCUAACGAGUCCAAUCGCCUUUAUAACCCAUAUGACCUCCCUGUGGCUAGACCAAGCCUGGAGCCCCCACCAGAAUCCUUAGUAUUGGGACAGGUGGAUUAUCCAGACAUUGACCGAUUAAGUAAACCUCUCUGCUCGUCUAUCGCUGGUACUAAGGAGAACAGCAACCUCAGUCUCUUUCACAGCCCCUACAGUCCACCGGAUGACGAUCGGACCCUGAUCGAACAGCCUCCUCUUAACGUCUCCGUAAAUGCCUGUGAGGCCUCCCCGGCUGUGAAUUUGGAGAGUCAGUUGGAGGAGUUGGUAACGCGCGUGGCAGCGCUGGAGGAGGCCCUCGCGAGGCAGAACCGCCGCGAGCUCUUCGUCCUUAUCCUCCUUGGGACCUAUUUCCUCCUCAAGUUUGGUCGCUCCCUUCUCUGA